UACUUUUGGCAUUCGGUUGGUUAUGGUUUCCCUGUUUUAGAGUCUUUCACCGGGGAGUUUCUUGUCUGCAAAGUUCAGUUUCCUUCAAUAUCUCGUUCGAUAGAGACCAAAAGAGUUGGUUAAUCAAAAGCAACAUGAAAUUGAGAGUGAGAGCUUUAGAAUCGAAGGAGACUCUGAGGAUCGAGACGCCGUCUCCAUGUUCUUUGCUAGACCUAAAGAACGCUAUUGCUCAGAAGAUUUCUUCUCUUCCUGAAACCCUACAUCUGUCUCUCAACAGGAAAGAUGAGAUUCCCGAGUCUGCUCCCGAGGAAUCUCUCCAGUCUCUCGGUGUCACUUCUGGGGACUUGAUCUUCUACACUCUUAACCCUAAUGGGUUCUCGGUAGGAACCUCAAUUGUGACCCAGCAGACCCAGACGGGAGAGAAUCGUCAAGUUCAGGCAAGUAAUAAGGUUUUCGAUCUCCAAUCGGAAAAACGGAAGCAGCCGGAUGAUUCUCACUCCCUGACGAUGGCUUUGAGUUCUGAACGUACCUCUUCAGCCGUGUCCCUGAAUCCACCCCAAGAGGUACCCGUGGGCAUUUCUGACAAUACUGGUGAAAAUACGAAUGAAUUGGAAGAGAUGGAUGUAGAUGAACCUGAACCUGAGAUACUGAGGAACUCCUAUUCUGUGCCUUGCUUUAUGAAGAAGGUAUUCAAAGAGGAGGCGGGAAACGCUGGGAGUAACAGCAAGCUUAUGAUGAUUGCUGUUCAUGCUGUUCUUUUGGAGUCUGGAUUUGUUUGCUUUGAUUCUGCGACGAACCAGAAGAUAGCCGGUUUUCAUCUUCCACAAGGAUGGGCUUCAAUGGCUUCUACAGUAUGCGUAAAUUACACAAUCCCUGAUCUUUUCGGCUCUGGAAGUGAGGUUGUAGAAGCUGUUGUCUUGAAGUUUCAGAUUUUGGGAAAAUUCGUUAAUGUUUAUGGGUCUUUAGCAAAAAAGGGUUCGGAUAUCUAUGCGUUGUCUUUGGAUGAAUCUCUUGUCAUGCCGUCGAUAAAUUUCGUGUGGACAAAUUGUGAUUCUAUUGGUGCUGUAAUCGACAAAGAUGAAUAUGCUGUUAAAUCAACCCAUGAAAAGAAACUGUUUGAAUUUUGGAAGAUGGUGAAGGACGGGCUGACAUUGCCUCUCCUUGUCGAUCUCUGUGAGAAAACGGGAUUAGCUUCUCCGCCAUGCUUCAUACUGCUCCCGACUGAACUUAAGAUUCGAAUUCUGGAAUUUCUUCCUGGUGUAGAUACUGCAAAGACUGGUUGUAUUUGUUCUGAACUGCGAUAUCUAUCGUCAAACGAUGACCUUUGGAAAGAGAAAUUUGCUAAAGAGUUUGGAUUUUCUGCGGCAGAGGGAAUGCAAGGGAGCUGGAAAGGGAAGUUUGCAGUACUUUAUGCGAGGAAGAAGAGGAGGAGUAUGUGUACCAUGAGGCCAAGGAUAUUCAGGCCAUACCCAAUUGGAGUAUAUGCUCCUCUCAGAGACUGUGUACCACCUUGGGGUCUUGGACCUGUUGGUGGGCGCAGUGACUUGUUACCAGGAGGAGUUGAUUUACAAUUUGGCCUAGCUGCUCCCCGCUUACUAGGGCGUCGACAUGCAACCCGUUGUAACCUGGGUGGUUUUAAUGCCUAGUCUCGCAACUUAGAUGGCUGUGUUAUGUUCUUCAGUGGACUUUUGGUAAAGGAAAAUAAAUUUGAACAUAUUUUCAGUUUCAGUUUGGUAAUCUCCAUGGGAGUCUGUAUGAUCAAGUGAUCUUUCUGUUGAGUUUUGUAAAUAUAUAGUAUGCGCUGCUUUUUGGUAUAUAAAGUAGAUUUCUUUA